AUGGUCACGAAUCAACCUUGGUGGGUGCGAAUAGAUGGCAACGCCUGCCGCAGGCCCAAGGUCAUUGUUGGCGCCUUGAUGCUCUUUCUCGCAUCAUGGGCUAUUAUCUUGAAUCCUGACUGGCAUUUCACCGGUUCUGGGCUGCGCAUGCCCGACUUACACCACCGACCGGCAUCAGGGCCAACGGAGAACCCUCUAACAAGUCCCCAGCCCGAAACCGAGCCUUCAAUCGAGGAAGACGUCGGUGGCAAUGGAUUCAAACCCCGAACCGCCGUUUUAUCACCCGAUGCGGAGGGUCUUUUACUAUCUGCAGCCAUGCCCUUCUUCACUUCUCCAAGCGGGCGGCACUCCCUCGUCUUGCAAGACGACGGAGAUCUCGUUCUCAACCGCAUGGACGCGGACGGGGCCGCCCAUCCCGUGUGGUGGACUGGGACGGGCGAUAAGCACAGCGGCGGGCGUAUGCUCAUCGUCGAGAAGCAGAAGGACCACUUCCGUCUUGUCGUCAACGCCUUCCUGAAGAACACAUGGACGAUAGUGUGGCACAGUGACCUGGUGCCAGGGUGCCAGGUGGACACCAUAUUAGGGCGCAACUCCAGCGAUGACCAGGUGCAUUCAACAGGGCUGUUGGAGAUCACACCCGGGCAACUCGAGCUCUCGGACCAAGGAAAGCUCUCUAUCGCCGGAUUGUGCGACCUCUAUGUCUCGGCGAGGGAGCGUGAAAAGGAACGCACCUUGGCCGUUAUUGUCGCAGGGCUCUACAGGACGAACCAUGUAAGCUGCAAGACGCAUAUGGACAAACUCAUCGCUAAGCACCCGUCCUUCUUGAGAAUAGACGUCUUCGCCUACGUGCUCUUCGAACCUGCUGACGUCGAUAUACACAAGCGAACUGAGGAGUCCAUCCGUGAGGCGCUGCGGAAGUGCUACGGCUCACACCUGCGGACUGUGGACGUCUUCCCUGUGGCUCAGGAAGAAGAGGACUAUCCUGGCGGAGACAAGGUGAUAAAGGCGACGAGGUGUGGCAAAAAGCUGCGGAGACUUAACAACCAGUUGAAGACGGUAGCGCUUGCAGCAGAGCGGUGGUGGGCUUGGAGCAUCGCCAGCGGGUUUAUUCAUGAUACAGUCCUACGUCUCCGGCCUGAUACGUUGCUGAGGGCGGAGCCAGAAUUCAAGACUGUGGAAGAGCUGGGGCACAACACGCUUGUGCUGCCGCACCCGCACGGGGAGCACUACUUUUACUGCGCUCGGAUGCGCGGGCGGGUCGGUGUUGGACCGACCGAUCAAAUCGCCUACGGCAGCGCGACUGCCAUGGCCCACUGGCUGUACAUGUACGACAGGUUCCAUCAAAUGGUCGACCUCGCCGGAAGUCCUUCCGGGCCGGCGCAGCGGGACUUCUCCGGAUGCGAGGAGAUGCCGCGGAGCCCGCUGGCGAGCGACUGCCCGAGACCCGCGCCGUGCUCGAUCGAGUGCCUGGUGGCAUGGUACCUCGACGCUCGCGGCGUGAACUUCCGCAUCGAGUGGGGUUGGGAGCAUAACCUGCUCCGAUGGAGAGAUAUAGGGCCGGUCGGGGCGGAAGCAGAGAGGAUGGCUGAUCAUGAUGGCGAGGACGAUGAAGAUGACGGCAUGGUAUGGCCUUGA